AUUCAGUGUAUGAGUCUAUCACAUGAUUACUUUGUACACAGUACAUUUAUACCAAUUUUGUUAGUUACACCUUAGUAAGGCUGGGAAAGAAAAAGAGAGUUGGGGGGCGAUGAUUUUCUCUUCUGAAUGGUGCUCAGUCCAGGCUUCACAUUUCAUUGAUGACGCAUUUUGCAUACACAUGUGCUGGAGUCCAGCGCCAGCAGCCAGGGAAUCAUCCUGAAGAGAUAAGCGGUGUCGGCAGAGAAUGAUGCAGCCUCUGACUCAAGACCUCUGAAGACUCGUGUUGCCGGAGGAAGCCCUGAAGUUAAGGACGAGGAAAGAAAAGGAGUGAGGCAUGGCUAUUUCUCAGGAACGACUGACCUCUGAGGAUGUGGCCAUCGAAUUCACUCAGGAGGAGUGGGAAUUCCUGGACCCUGCUCAGAGGGCCUUGUACAGGGACGUGAUGCUGGAGACCUACAGAAACCUGCUGUCUGUGGAUAUCUCACCUACACAUGUGAUCAAGCUUUUACAACCCAAAGCGAACAGAGAUAAACUAGAAACAUUCCAAACAUUGAUGCUGGGAAGACCUGAAAGCUGUGAAAUCAAACAUGUUCAUCUUUGGGAAAGUCAGGAAAAUAUGUGUGACUUUGAGUGUCAGGGGAGAGAUGACAAAAGAAAUUACAAAGGCACACCUGUAAGCCUUAAUGGAAAUGUGCCUGCUGGAAGAGAUUUGCAUGAUAGAAAGGAUGCAGGCAUCAAGCCCUUUGCAAACAGGUUUGGAUUUAACUUUCAGGAUAAACUGCAGAUGUUUCAAACUGGUGGAAUAAUUUCUGAAUAUAAUCAAGUUAAGAGUUCUGUCAACAACAGUUUCUCAUUUUCACCACUUCAAAGAAUUCCUCCUUGUGUCCAAACCAGUGUUCCUAAUAUAUAUGGGAAUGAUUUUAUGAAUCCUUCAGUAACAACACAAGAACUCAAAGCGCGCAAGGGAAAACCUUACAGAUGUGAUGAGUGUGGCAAGGCCUUUCGUGUAAAGUCAAGCCUUUUAAGUCAUCAGACAAUUCAUACUGGAGAGAAGCCUUACAAAUGUGAUGAGUGUGGCAUGGCCUUUCGUGUAAAGUUAACCCUUUUAAGUCAUCAGACAGUUCACACUGGAGAGAAACCUUACAAAUGUGAAGAGUGUGACAAGGCCUUUCGUGUAAAGUCAAGCCUUUUAAGUCAUCAGACAAUUCAUACUGGAGAGAAACCUUACAAAUGUGAUGAGUGUGGCAAGGCCUUUCGUGUAAAGUCAACCCUUUUAAUUCAUCAGACACUUCAUACUGGAGAGAAACCUUACAAAUGUGAUGAGUGUGGCAUGGCCUUUCGUGUAAAGUCAAGCCUUUUAAGUCAUCAGACAGUUCAUACUGGAGAGAAACCUUACAAAUGUGAUGAGUGUGGCAUGGCCUUUCGUGUAAAGUUAACCCUUUUACGGCAUAAGACAGUUCAUACUGGAGAGAAACCUUACAAAUGUGAUGAGUGUGGCAAGUCUUUUUGUGUAAAGUCAACCCUUUUGAGGCAUCAGACAGUUCAUACUGGAGAGAAACCUUACAAAUGCGAUGAGUGUGGCAAGGCCUUUCGUCUAAAGUCAACACUUUUAAGUCAUCAGACAGUUCAUACUGGAGAGAAACGUUACAAAUGUGAUGAGUGUGGGAAGGCCUUUCGUUUAAAGUCAACCCUUUUAAGUCAUCAGACAGUUCAUACUGGAGAGAAACCUUACAAAUGUGAUGAGUGUGGCAAGGCCUUUUGUGUAAAAUCAAGCCUUUUAAGUCAUCAGACAGUUCAUACUGGCGAGAAACCUUACAAAUGUGAUGAAUGUGACAUGGCCUUUCAUGUAAAGUCAACCUUUUUAAGACAUCAGACAUUUCAUACUGGAGAGAUACCUUACAAAUGUGAUGUGUGUGGCAUGGCCUUUCGUGUAAAGUUAACCCUUUUAAGUCAUAAGACAGUUCACACUGGAGAGAAACCUUACAAAUGUGAUGAGUGUGACAAGGCCUUUCGUGUAAAGUCAAGCCUUUUAAGUCAUCAGACGGUUCAUACUGGAGAGAAACCUUACAAAUGUGAUGAGUGUGGCAAGACCUUUUGUGUAAAGUCAACCCUUUUAAGUCAUCAGACAGUUCAUACUGGAGAGAAACCUUACAAAUGUGAUGAGUGUGGCAAGGCCUUUUGUGUAAAAUCAAGCCUUUUAAGUCAUCAGACAGUUCAUACUGGAGAGAAACCUUACAAAUGUGAUGAGUGUGGCAAGGCGUUUCGUGUAAAGUCAACCCUUUUAAGUCAUAAGACAGUUCAUACUGGAGAGAAACCUUACAAAUGUGAAGAGUGUGGCAAGGCCUUUGCUCACAGCUCACACCUCAGGAGACAUAAGAAAAGUCAUACAGGAAAGAAAUUAUUUAAAUGUGAUAUAUGUGACAAAGUCUUUGGCCAAAAUUCAGCCCUUUUAAGUCAUCGAACGGUUCAUACUGGAGAGAAACCUUACAUAUGUGAUGAGUGUGGCAAGGCCUUUCGUCUAAAGUCAAACCUUUUAAGGCAUCAAACAGUUCAUACUGGAGAGAAACCUUACAAAUGUGAUAAGUGUGGCAAGGCCUUUCGUUUAAAGUCAACCCUUUUAAGUCAUCAGACAGUUCAUACUGGAGAGAAACCUUGUGAUGAGUGUGGUAAGGCCUUUACUGACAGCUCAUACCUCAGGAGACAUAAGAAAAUUCAUACAGGAAAGAAAUUAUUUAAAUGUGAUACAUGUGACAAAGUCUUCAGCCGAAAGUCAAAGCUUGCUCGUCAUCACACAGUUCAUACUGGAGAGAAACCUUACAAAUGUGAUGAGUGUGGCAAGGCCUUUCGUCUAAAGUCAACCCUUCUAAGGCAUCAGACAGUUCAUACUGGAGAGAAACCUUACAGAUGUGAUAAGUGUGGCAAGGCCUUUCGUGAAAAGUCAACCCUUUUAAGUCAUCAGACAGUUCAUACUGGAGAGAAACCUUACAAAUGUGAUGAAUGUGGCAAGGUCUUUCGUCUAAAGUCAACCCUUUUAAGGCAUCAGACAGUUCAUACCGGAGAGAAACCUUAUAAAUGUGAUCAGUGUGGCAAGGCCUUUCAUCUAAAGUCAACCCUUUUAAGCCAUCAGACAGUUCAUACUGGAGAGAAACGUUACAAAUGUGAUGAUUGUGGCAAGGCCUUUCGUCUAAAGUCAACCCUUUUAAGCCAUCGGACAGUUCAUACUGGAGAGAAACGUUACAGAUGUGAUGAGUGUGGCGAGGCCUUUCGUCUAAAGUCUACCCUUUUAAGUCAUCAGACGGUUCAUACUGGUGAGAAACCUUACAAGUGUGAUGAGUGUGGAAAAGUCUUCGGUCGAAAACCACAUCUUCAACUUCACUGGAGAAUUCAUAAUGGAGAGAGACCUUUCAGAUGUAAUGAGUGUGGCAAGUUCUUCAGUCAAAAUUCACACCUUAAAAAACAUUGGAGAAUACAUAUAGAGAAACCUUUCAAAUGUUUCGAGUGUGGAAAAUCCUUUAUUCAGGUCUCAGCACUCACUAAACAUCAGAAAAUCCAUACAUGAGAGAAACUCAUGUGAAUGUGAUAUAUGGUAGAAUUCUUGAAAUUUCAAAGUUCAAAAUUCACACCCUACAGUUGCUCAGAGAAUUCAUCUUACUGAAAAACCAUACAAAUAUCAUGAAUGUGGCAACAUCUUAGGCUUCAUGAGAAAAUUCAUACUGGAUAGAAGGGAGAUAUAAAUGUAUUUAUGAAAGAUUCCUCACCAAUUCCACAAAUGUUUAAAAAAAAAAAAA